AUGAGCUUGUUAUGCUAUGAGCUUGUUCUGGCUCUGACUGGAUCGUCCAGCCGACUCAUGUCAUCCAUCGAGUCGCAGCAGGAGACGUUGGACUUGACCUUCAGGCUCAUCCGGCAGAGCUUCAGGUUCGUUCAGCUGCGGAAGGCACGGCUCCAGCAGCAGUCCAAGAAGAUGGAGUACAUGCACGUCGUCCUGAUCGAGCUGGAGGAUGCCUGCGAGAACAUGAGCCACCAGGUGGGGGAGGAGAUCGCCUGCGCUUGCAUGACCGCUCUGCAGGACCUCGACUUCUGGAGUCUGCUACAGCAUGUGGCCUACGAGAAGCUGGGGGACCAGAACUUCUCCGUCUUCGACCAGCCAGCAGCGUUGAACGAGCAGGAGGAGCCGCUGGAGAAUCUCGGCCGAACCGUUUCCAAGAGCAACGAGAUGCCGAUAGCUGAGCGGCGAGAAAUCAUCGAGAAGUCGCUGCUUGAGGUGUACGACAACGACAAGACUCCUGAGGACCUGCAGGAGAUGAUGUCAGAAGCAUCGAACCCCCUGAACGAGCUCGAGCUCGUCAUGAAGUUGCCUCGCAGCCUCGACGUCCCCGACAGCUCUCAGUUCCUUCCCGCAGCCAAGGUGGCCAUCUUCAAGUACCUGGUGGAUCAAAUACAGCACGGGACGGGGCUGCUCAAGAUCCUGGACCAUGCCAACCUGUCGGCGUGGGACGUGAUCCGCCUAAUGGAGAUUUGCGUGCUGCAAGGCUUCGACCGCGAGCAGUUCAUCUGGGAGCAGAACAGCGAGGGGGAUGAGUUUGGGUUCGUGUUGACAGGAUGCAUCAAGGUCCUCUACAACCGCAGAGAAGUCUCCAACCUCAGCAGAGGCCAGGCUUUCGGUGACCUGGGGCUGAUGACACCGGGCAUGGAGCAGCUGCGAGGGGCCUCGUUCCGAGCUGAGGUCGUGACGUUUGUGCUGCUCUUCCAGUACCAGAAGUUUGCGGACUACGUGAGGCUGCUGGGGGCAAAGUUUGAGAGCGGUUUGCGGUCGUACCUGGCGCACUCUGACGCCAUCGGGAGGGAGAACUGGUCGCAGUACGGGAACGCGGCGAAGAGCAUCGAGAUCUGCUACCUGGAGUUCAUGAGCAGGAGGAAGGGGAUCCUGGGGCUGUUCACCAUGUCGGAGAUCAGGAGCCUUGCAGCCAUCUCGACGUACCAGAGGCUGAAGCAGGGGGAGAUCCUGUGCCGGCAGGGGGAGUCGGCGGACAAUCUCUUCAUCCUGCUCAGCGGCAUCGCUCUCAUAGUCAUCAACAACAACGUCGCCGCCUACAUCUCGAGGGGUCAGGAGAUCGGAGAGCUCGGGCUGAUCGACCAGUUCUGCUCCACCCGCACGGCCACCAUCAAGGCGCACUACGACUGCGAGGUUGCGUCCAUCAGCUACGACAGCUUCUUGGAAUUCCACGCCAUGCUGAGCUUCAAGCAAGCUGAGAAGGUCGCCAAGUACGUCGCUGACAGCGCCAUGCCCAAGUACUUCGCUCUCGAAGAAUCCAAGAAGCAAGCCUCCGGCUCCGAUGAGACCACCUCGAACCGCGAGACCUCUCCUACCCUCAGGAUAGUCAGCACCAAGCCCAUCUUUCCGGGCCUCGAGUCGUCCGUGGGGAGCAGCAGAGGCGACGCCAGGCCUCGAGACCGGAGGUGGAGCGUCGCCGACAUCCAACGACAGAAGGAGGGGAAGAACGGCUCGCCGGGCAAGCUCGGCAAGUCGCUCUCCUUCAAGACCUCCGCAAGCUUCACCAGGUGGUCGAGCUCAGCUGCGCUACUCUCGCAUGUCGACACGCUCGAGGAGGGGAAGGAGGACCUGUGCUCCUCCCCCGACACCGUCACAGUCCGACCCGCCGCCUCCAGAUCUGCCUCCUUCGCGAGCGGGCGGCAAGAAGGAGGGGACCGUAUUAGCGUGAAGCUUGAGAGAUACAGAGAAGCGCUUAGGUUGUCCAACUACCUCCCGGGCAGCAGCAGCAGCAGCAGCAGCAGCAGCAGGAGGUCGGUUUUCAGCUGCAAGGUGCCGAGAAGCCCGAAAGCCAACAAGUACCUCAAGGAGCAGAGCCGAACUUCGGACGAGUUCAAGUCGCAGGUGGUAGAGAGGAUCAAACUCGUGCUCCGCUGCCUCUUCCGCAACGUGGCCCAGGCGUUCAUGCUGCUAAAGCCUGACGACGCCAAGGCGAUCUCGCCCUUCGCUCUCGCCGCGGGGCUGCAGAUGUGCGGGAUGAAGAAGUUGCAGGGGUCGACCUUGUUCUACGUGGUCGGCCUUAGCAACCUGAUCGGACUCAAGGAGUUCUGCAGCGUCUUCGACUGGAACAGCUCGGGGGGUCACGAGGAGAUGGCUGCAGCUGCUGAGGAGGAGGUGAGAAUGAAGCGCAGCAGGAUCAGAGAGUCGAUCGGGGCGAAGGGGACGAACGAGCCGGAGGAUGUGACGCUUGCAAAGUUGGAAGGGAUGAGGGACCUGUACCUGAAGCACAUGCUUGCAAGCACACAAGGAAGGAGCUUGUCGCAGACAACUUCUCCUCGCCACCUCCCUGCUCUGAGCCUGAGUCGAGCAGCAGAUAGCUCGUUGAACUUGCUGAUAGGAGGGGAAGGCAGCGACAAAGACACCAUCUUCAACGUCCUGCUCUCCAUCAGCUGCUUGAGGGGAGCCCGGCCCCCUCCCACUCCUCCGUCAGAGAGGUCGAAGAGCUCUCCUCGUCCCCCUAAGUCAGCAAGAAAGUUGGAAGUCACUAGGAGCCCGAGAGUUCUCAGCUCCUCUUGA